AUGGUCGAGCAACAACCAUCCAUCAAGCGCUCCGUCUCCUCCUUGCCUGACGAUGGACUGAAUGUCUCCGAUACAAAGCGCGUCAAGCGUCACUACCACCAUCACCACCGUCUGCAAAGCCCGGUCAACCCAGCUCUGCCCGAGCCCGCCAUCGUCGACGAUGCGUGCAUCGACAAGCUCUUGAACCGGUCUAUUGGGCAGUAUCUACAAACAUGCGGGUUCGAGCUUGCUGACCCUGCUGCGCUGGACGCCUUUCGCAGGGUAACUGAAGAAUAUAUUUUAAGUGUCGCGUCGUACGUACGACAAUCUAUGCUCGCGAGCCGACGCAUCCAACCUAUACCUCAUGAUUUCGAUGACGCCCUUCGACGUCACUCAGUCUCUCCGAACGACCUCCUCCCGCACAUCCCACCUCAUCCAAGACUUGAACCCGUCUCGACCCUUUUGCCCAGCCCUCCACCCGAAGAAGACUCCUUCAAGACCCUUCCAUCUCUUGGGCCCCAGCUCAGCGGCGAUAACGACCGCGUCCGAAGCUCCCACAUCCCGAAACACUUCCCCGCCUUCCCGAGCAAACACACCUACCGCCACACGCCCGUCUUCACGGAGCGCGAGCAGGACGCCCGGAAGAUCCGCGAACGCGCCACUGAAGACGGCCGACACGGCGAGGAGGCCCUGCGCAAGCUGGCGCGGGCCGCCUUCAAGGACCACCAAUUUGGGUCCUCGGCGCGCGAGAAGAAACCGUGGGGCUUCCGUCGCACCGAAACGAUGGAUGGCAUGUUUGAGAAGACCGUCAAGGGACUGGCCAAGCGGGUGCAGCGGACUGCCACGGUGCCGGGCCCGGCGGCGCCCAUGGAAAUCGACUCGGGCGCCGGAUUAGACACGGAGGUCAAGCCGACCCGCUCGAAGCUCGCGCUGAGUAUCGAGCUGCCGCCUAUCAUCAAUUGCGAGCGGGAUUUCUGGCGACGAGUGCCGUCCUCAGGCUCGCGGAGGACCGAGGAGAAGCAGCAGCAGCAGCCGCCGGCGAAGAAGGAGUCGCAUGAUCGAGCGUCCAGGGUGGAUACCCGCUUCCGCUCUUCCUCCUUCUGGAGUCGAAUCGGUUCCCAUGCAGUCGUCUCGACAGUCAAACCCCCGGCGCAUCUGAUCAUAGCAAAGCUUCGGGAUCCCGCCCUGAGGUGGAUUACACGAAUCGACAGGUCCGCCCUUGCGCCGCUUUUCUUGGAAGUUCUUGGUCGAAAUGUUGACAUGUUCGGGGAGGGUCUCGGCGUGGAAGACGGGGACGAGGGGGGCCAUUUGGAUACCUUGAAGACUCGCCUCGGGGUCGACAAGCUUGACGACCUCCACGACAUCUUCACCGCAUCCGCUCCGUCAGGACAGAAUGUAGAGGCAGCACGUGAAGACCCACAGCUUCGUCCAGAACACGAUAUUGAGGAUGAGAUACCGUCUGGACAUAUUGAUGCAGUUGCCGACUCUCUUGCUGGUGUCAGAGGGCCAGGGCAGACGAGCCAUACUAACCCAGUCUUGGAGAUUUCCAGCACGUCCUCCGCAGCGGGAAAGUCGCAUUUGCUGUACUAUUUGACUGCCCUUGCUAUUUUACCAUCUGAGCUCUAUGGCAUACAGCUGGAAGGCCGUGGAUCGACGGUGGUAUUCAUGGACACUGAUGGACGCUUCGAUGCCGAGCGGCUUCGCGGUGUACUUCGUGGAAUUGUCAAGGUCAGAUGCGGAGCACAAGACCUGGAUCUGCUGGACGAGGAAACAGAGAAAAUGAUCGUCUCUUGCUUGCAGCAUGUCCAUGUGUUCCGUCCUACCUCUUCGUCCGCCCUGCUCGCCACUCUUCAGCAGCUUGACGUCUACCUCCUGGAUCUUACCCGCCAUGCGUCCGGUCCGCGAGCGCUCUCACUACUGAUUUUAGACAGCGCCAAUGCGUUCUACUGGCAGGAUAAGCUACAAGACGAAGUUACUCGGGUGGGAGACAUAGGACGCCUGGCUGCGGAGGUCGAAAAUGAUCGGCGUGAGAAACGCAGCUUUUAUCUUUUCGACAUGUAUGCGGACUUGGUAAGGGAACUUAAGCGGCUGCAGCGCGUAUUUGGCUGUGCUGUCGUUUUUACCACCACAGCUGCCCCAUCCGCAACAGCGAGCCAUCAUUCCCACGGGUUCCAACCUUCUGGACCGUUUGACCUUUACAACCCUUCUGAUGCGCCUGCCUUUCGAAUGCCAUCAUUUCGAUCAGCCCUCCCUGCGCCAUGGGGAACGUUCCCCACGUUACGAGUUGUCGUCCAGCGCGACAUGGUUCGUCCAUUUUCUGCUGGAUUGGGGUUGCUGGAUGUCGAAAAGAUUGCAGCCAAGCGCCAGGACAUAGUCAUGCGCGGGAGAUUCUCUGGAUGGGUUAAUAUGUGGGGGCGCGAGGAGUGGCCGCGGAGAUGGCUCGAAGGUAUCGAAGCGCUAGAUGGAGGCCUGUUCUUCUUCCGGAUUGGCAGAGACGGAGUGCAACUGGGUUGA